AGGGUGCCGGCAGAGCCUGGCUCAGUCUGGCUCGUUCCUGGACCUGCUGAGCAGCUGUGCGAGGCUUGUUGGUCGAACGAGGAUUAUUUGGUUGUGCUGUGCUGGUCGUGCCUGGGGCUGCUCGCAGCAUCUCAGUGCCCGAUCCCACAGCAUCGCUUGUGUUUCCCUGGCCCUGCCUAGAGCAGCCAGCCGGGGCCCUACCGAGCACACCCGCAGCAGCGGAGAGCUCAACACCAUCUCUGCAGCUGAGGUGACGGAGAGCAACUUGUCAUCCUCGGUUCUCCCAUCCCACUGCAGUGAGAAGAGCAUGGCCGCAGAAGAGGCGUGGACGUGCUCCAUCUGCCGCGACGUGAGACGGGACGUGGCGUCCGCAAAUCCCUGUAAGCACACGUUCUGCGUCGGCUGCAUCCAGCGCUGGGCGAUGCUGAGAGACAGCUGCCCGCUGUGCAGAACGGCCAUGAAGACCAUCCGGGUGUCGGUGCGGGGAGACGACGAGUACGUGGAGUGCAUCGUGUCCCCGCCCGCGGUGCCCGUGCCCGUCGGCUUCGGCACCGCCACCGGCCACAGCGGCACCACGGCAUCGGCUCCGCCCUCUGCGCCACCGUCCCCCGAGCCCGAGGCCGCGGAGCCGGAGAGAGUGGGCGGCCUCGUGCCAGAGGCGUGGGCAGCGCUUUUCAGGGUCAGACGCGACAUCCUGGACCCGGUGCUGCCCUGGCUGGAGCAGGAGCUGCGGCGCAACGGGGAGCUGCGCUGGUGGAGAAUCAAGUGGCUGAAGAGCAUGAUCCUGGCGUUCCUGUGCCAGGUGGGGCCGGACAGGGACAUCCUGGCGCAGUGCACGGAGCACGCCCUGGGGCCCGUCGCCGCUCCGCUCAUGGGCGCUCUUGUUGGAACCAUCGAGAGCCGCUGCAGCCAGGAGGCCCGGAGGCUGCUGGGCCUCGAAGACCCCAGCGGCACCCAGGAGCGGGAGAAUGGCCCCACGGCCCCGUCUGGUUCCGCCGCCUCCCCGCAGGUGCCCGUUGCCCCCGGCGCCACAGCAUCCGGCAGCCGCGUGGGUCCCGACUCGGAGGAGCUCCCCGGCACGUCCAGCGGGGCCCUCGGAGGAGGUCCCGGCGAGCCGGGUUCCGAGGCAGCCGGUCCCUCUGAGCAGGGCCGCAGCCGCGGCUCCUCCGCUCGCGGCCGGGGCAGGAAUCGCUCGGCUGGGGGAUCCCGGCGCCCCACCAAGAGGAGGGCCGGCAGCGCCCAGCGCGCUGCUCGGCCCUGCAAGAGGCGCCCCGAGCGGGGCUCACAAUAA